AUGGGUGCAGAGGAGGUAGAAGAUGAAUCAGAUGGAUGUGGUGCGAAAUAUAUAAUUCAAAUUGUUUCUGAGAAAUUCACCGGUAAAACAACACUCGCAUGUCAUCGGCUAGUACAAGAGGCCUUAAAAGAGGAAAUGAACUCCAUUCAUGCGCUCACCAUUAAAACUUUUACACCUGAAAAAUGGAACGCUGCAAAAUCGGCAGCAUAA